GUAGCCAACUAGCCAUAGUUCCACACUUAACAAUUCAAUUCCUCGCCAAAAACUUGCAAAAAACCAAGAAAUUUCAGUCCAGAAAAGAUCAUGAAUGCAUAUGGGAUGGAUUUCUUAUUUGACGAUUUGGGAGUAUCAGAUCAAUUCUUGUAUGAAACCCUGACUCGUGAAUUUCACUCUUCUUCACCCCUUCAACAAGAAAAAGUUGAAUCCGCCUUUCGCCAUGAUGGUACUUCCCCUUUACCUUUGGGUAUGGAUUGGAGUCCCCCUCCUCAAAAAUGGGAAGGACGUAAGACCGUUUGGCCUCAUGAUCCUCACACCGGAUGGAGCUACUGUGUAACUGUUCCUUCUUGGACUACCAUGUCAAAUUCAAGAGGCUCUGGUCCAGUUGUGUAUUACAGGGUUCAAGUGGGCAUACAAACACCAGAAGCAGUUACAACCACUCGAUUAAUAUUACGAAGAUUUAGUGAAUUCGUGAAGCUGUUUUCAGAGCUCCAAAAAUUAUUUCCCAAGAAAGUUCUUCCUGCACCUCCUCCAAGGAAGCUCUUAGGAGUUCAAAGCCAGAUUUUGGUUGAAGAGAGAAGAAUUGCUUUGGAAAUUUGGAUGGAGAAAUUGUUAUCAAACCUUGGCGUGUCAAGGAGUGCACCUGUGGCAAUCUUUCUGGAGCUGGAAGCUGCUGUCAGGUCUUCAUUCAAUGAUUCAUCUGGAGGCAGUGUCUCUUCAUUUGUUGAGUAUCAGUCAAGUUCUAAUGUCUCUGUGGUUGGUGAUGCUUCAUCAGUCGCAUCAGAUUACUUCGAUAGUGCUAGUUAUGAGAAAUCUGAUGCUAUAACACCUAAGCAUGAUAAUCAUGCUGUAUCUGUAAUUAGCGGGGAAAAUUCUGCGUCAAAUUUCGACAAAGCUAGUGGUUGCAGCAAGGAGGAUAAAUCUAAUGAAGAUUCUCUAGGAAAUCUUACGCACCUGCCAACUGAAAAUUCUAGAAAUGGAAUAAGUUCUAAAAAAACUAGUGAAAUUUCAAAGUGGGAAACAUCUAGAGCUCAGAGUGAAGGUGAGAAUUGUUCUGCGGGAGAAGAAGGUUUGAUAGAUGAAGGUCUACAAUCUCUUAGCAAUCUAUUGGUGGCUCUUCCAUCAGAUGACCGCAAUAAAUUUAGCAGGGUUCUUGUUACCAUGCAGAGAAGACUGACUACCGCAAAAGCGGAUGUUGAGGACCUUGUUGCUAGAUUGAAUCAAGAGCUUGCAGUGAGGCAGUACCUCACAACAAAGAUCACAGAUCUGGAAGUAGAGCUGGAAACUACUAAAGUGAGUACAAAAGGAAAUCUUCAACAAGCUUUUUCAUUUGACAAGGAGAGGUACACUCAGAUGCAAUGGGAUAUGGAGGAACUUCGGAGGAAGUGUUUGGAAAUGGAAAUGAAAUUGAAAUCUGAACAGGAUGAAAGCAUGCGUAUAGUUUCAGAAAAUUCAGCUAUUACCCAGGAGAAUGAAAACCUGAGAAAAGAAUUAGAUGUCACGAAGGAUCAACUUGAGAGCUUACAGAAAAAUCUAGAAGCAUCUGAAACAAAAUCGAAAACGGAUUUGAAAGUGCUUGGUAAAGAGGUUAAGUCUCUUCGAAGUUCACAAACAGAUAUAAAGCAGGAGCUUAGCAACUUGAUGAAAGAAAAGCUAGUACUGGAGAGAGACCUCAAAAAUGAAAAGCAAAGAAAGGAAUCUGCAAAAAUUGUCAAUGAUAAGUUGCUGCUUGAAUGUUCAAUUCUUCGAAAACGGCUGGAAGAGUCUAGUGUGGAUGUCCUAGUUGAAGAGGAAGACAAAUUAGUGUUGGAUACUUCGUCAUCAGAUGCUAUUGAUCUACUUACAACGUCUGAUAAUCGAAUUGGUCUUCUUCUGGCUGAGGCACAGUUGCUUGCCGAUGAUGUUGAGAAUUCAGACAAGUCAGCCGAUUCAGCCAUAUAUGAGCUUAGAAAGAUGGUUACUGAACUCUUUAUAGAUAAUGCCAGAACAAGGAAGCAAAUCAAUUCUCUUAUCCGAUGCGUUGUUAAGACACAAAACCAGUUUGAUAAGGAGGAUGAAGGAGAAGUGGCAUCCCCGAAGCAAACCGUCUUGGGCAAGUUUUUGUGAGUAUUCGAGGUUAAUAAUGUACAGCUAUGUUCAUUUUGAAUGUAAUAUUUCGAGCAAAUUGUUUGAAUAAUAUUGGACUAUUGAACUAUUUAAUCGGCAAUUCCCUUAAAGGACAUAUGUAAUAAAAUAAAAGAAAAACGAUAAUUUUUUUUCUUUUC